AGGCUGAAGGCUGCGGUUCACUACACGGUUGGCUGCCUGUGUCAGGAUGUUGCAGAAGACAAGGACGUGCAAUUCAGCAAGCAAACCAUUGCCGCUAUCGCAGAGAUCACCUUCAGGCAGUGUGAGAACUUUGCAAAAGACCUCGAAAUGUUUGCAAGGCAUGCAAAACGGAGCACAGUCACUACAGAAGAUGUGAAGCUUUUGGCUAGAAGGAGCAAUUCUUUGCUAAAGUAUAUCACCCAGAAGAGCGAAGAGCUCGCAUCAAGUAACAUGGAGCAAAAGGAGAAGAAGAAAAAGAAGUCCAGUGCAGCUAAGGGAGGGAGAACUUCUGGGGAACAAGAAGCAGCUGUGGAAAGUGAAGAUUCCAACAUGGCAUGA